AUGGAGCAGGAAAAUAGGUGGCCGGCUGUGCAUCCGACUCCCACGGAUAAUGGGCAGUCAACACCAGUAUCCGUGUCUCCUGGAAACAGUGGAGUUCAUCAGCCACCGGCCACUCAACAUUUAUCGGAGAUGUCCAGGCCUUUUAUGUUAUCUGCUGAGGAAUCCAGACAGAAUGAGGGUGAAGGGAAGUCACAGUUCAUUAUGUCACUACCCGAGCAUAGUGCGAGGUACUCCUCCCAAGUGACUCCUCCACCUUCCCAGAUGUAUCAUCAGACACUAUCUAACCACCAACCAGGGAAAAUGAUUGAUGUGGGAUCCCACAUAUUGCCCUUAGGGAGUCCAGGUACUCUGGGAGUGACCAUAGCCUUUAGAGAGAAUCUGAUUCCUCACAGUGGCCUUCAAGGUUCAGCUUCCAGUGGAGUCCCAGUGAUGGCCCCCAGCAGUGCCCCAACAAUGCCUUGUUCUUUCUCCUCACCACUACCUGCUACCACAGGCUCUUUAAAUGGUGGAAUAUUUUUGGUCCCAGGCAUGCCUUCCCCUGUGACCCAUGCUGUGUCCUGCUCUAUGGAUCAGAUGUUGCACUUAAAUCCCUACAACCCUGGGAUAUCCACACCUAGGCUCCAGCCAUUGCUAAUGUUAGAAUCCCAGGACUCACUUGUGGCCCAGUCAAAUCGCCUGGAAGAAACUUUCGUACACAAGCAGCCCACACCUGCUCCACAGGGGACAGAGAACCCCACUAUUCCAGGAGGGGUACCCAGGAGGCCACCCCCAGUUUCAAGGCCUUACCUCUGCUCAUACAACAACUGUGGAAAAGCUUAUACCAAGCGCUCUCACCUUGUAAGUCACCAACGCAAACACACAGGUGAGAAGCCCUACGUAUGUGACUGGGAGGGCUGUACAUGGUCUUUCUUUCGCUCUGACGAGCUUGGACGACAUAGACGGAUCCACACCAGGGAUCGACCACAUAAAUGCCCCAACUGUGGACGACAGUUCAUGAGGUCUGACCAUCUCAAGCAACACCAAAAAACUCAUCAAACUCACCGGACCCAUCAGCGCCUGCCAGAUUUCCCGACAUCUCAGGCCAACAGUGGACAGACAGAUGGACAGAUAGGUGGUCCUCCUGCUCCUGGUCAGGGGCUUUAG